AUGAGCGUCAUCCCAGCGAGCAACUCAGAGCGCAAGGCUGCAACGCAUGGAAGCUUACAGAAGAAGCACAUCAAGAGAACGAGCGAGUUAAGACGACCGACAAGCGCUGCAGAUAGCAACGAGAGCGACUCAGAAGAUGAGGAAGCCCGAGAGAGAGCACAGGCACUGCUAGACGCUCGACUGUCGUCACGCUAUCCCCGUCAGAUCAGCGCAAAAGUGAUUGGCAAACGUAAAGUCCAAGAGGAGUCAAGCGAGGAACAGUCAAGUGAGGACGACAAUGCAGAGCUCGAUCGACUCUUCGCUGCACCACAAGUGACCACCGCUCGUGCAUCAGGCGGCACGGCAGCCAGAGAACCCAAAGUGACAGUCUUUCAUGAUCCGAGUCGUGUCUCGACCUUGCCGGCUACAGUGACAGCAAGCAGGAAAGAGCUCAGAGCGUUCAUGUCGCCGAGUACGGCAAAAUUGCUCGGUCAUGAGCCCGAAGAGACCUAUAUCAUUGCAAAGCAGCGAAAACGCGCAGCUCAAAAAGCGAGGGAGGGUCCCCAAGAUGCAGAGACAGACGCGGCGCAAGAGAAAGAGAUGGCCAGUCUCGACAGUACGCUGCAGCGCAUCAUCUCCACUUUGCCUCUCGACGGAUCUGCUCGUCCUGGAGCUUCCAGGGAUGAGAUCAGUAUGAUCAUGCCCCGUAAAGUUGAUGCGCCUAUUCAGAAGAACACGCCACUGCCGCUCGUGCGAGCGUUGCUAUCAAGUCGACUGAAUCGAGCAAAGAACGAAGCAGAGAAUGCUCGCAAGGCAGGUAUCGUCACCGGCCGCUCAUCGAACAAAUCAAACAGGGCUGCAAUGCAAGGUCACGCUGGCGACAUUGCAAUCACAAAGCGCGAGCUCGGUCUUCAGGCUGGUACUGAAGAAAAGCGAAGGAAGGAGGCCAGAGGCAUCGGAUCUAGAUUUGGCAAGCUUUCGGGAUCGAUGAUCAAGCUCUCCGCUGCCGAGUUACGGCUCGGUGCAGAAGGCCGCACGUUUGCAGAGGGCUCCCAUAAAGCAGGUGGGAAACCGAAAAAGGCCCGAGCAGGCAAGCAACGCUCCGGUAGUAAAGCAAAGAAGCGUCACUAG